ACUCGUGUUGUGACGCUGUCAUGUGAUAGCUCGUCUGUGCAGUUGCAGGCUUGAUAAACGCACUGCCUGUGGACGGAAAUGAAAUAAAAAAAACUCCAACUACGUUAUAUGUUUGCUGGUGAGCACAAGCCCAGCUGCAGUCUGAGGGUCUACGGGGAACCUGGAGAUUUGUAGAGCCCUCUGUCGCUGACAUGGGUUGCUGUUAUAGCAGCGAGAACGACACCCCAGAGGAGGAUCCUGAACGUAAACCCCUGAUCCCACAUCCAAAUCCAAUAAGCAAGCCACCCAAUGGGACAGACUGGACCACUCCCACAGUUCCCUCUGCCCCGACAGAUGAGCAGGCCCUCCUCACGUCCAUCCUCACCAAGACUGCACAGAACAUUAUUGAUGUCUCAGCUGCCGAUUCAGUCAUGAUGGAGCAGCACGAAUACAUGGACAAAGCUCGUCAGUACAGUACAAAACUUGCUGUUUUGAGCAACAGUCUGCCACAGAAGAAAGCCCCAGCUCUGCCGUCACUCACCAGUCAGCCGCACCAAGUGCUUGCGAGUGAAUUGGUGCCAUACUCUGAUGUUCAACAGAUCUCCAAGAUUGCAGCAUAUGCAUACAGUGCAAUUUCUCAAAUCAAAGUGGAUGCAAAAGAAGAACUGGUGGUCCAGUUUGCCAUUCCUUGACUCUGCAAAUCUGGCCCGCAUAUAGUUCCUCCCAUCCUGCGGUCUCUUUGUCGUACCUGCCCCUUUGCCUUCCAGCCCAGCCUUUAUUAAAUCAUCCAGCUCCUGUCCCGUUGACGCUUCUAACUUAUACCAAGACAGAGACGGCCUAGGACUGCACCACAAACACACUCUAUGACUGCCUGUUGUUAAAGUUGGGUCAGCGACAGUAUCAAGGGAGGCUGAGGAAGCUAGACUCGACCACACCUGAACCCACUUGUCUUCUCUUACCCCUUAUUAUAGUGCUUCUUUUUUUUUUUUAAGGCAACUGAAAGGUGCAGUCAGUUGUACUGCUCUGUCUCUGCCCUGCUGUAGAGGGACAGGAUAGCAUGGAUGGUGGUGAAGACUUGGGAGCAAACUUUCAGGUGUUAACCUCCCUGUAGGUUGUAAUAUUUUGGUGUAUAUGUUUGACGCAGAUUGUACUUUUGCCAAGGAAUAGGAGUGAUUGGAAUAAAUUGCCUUUAUCCAUCAGUUCAAUGUUCUCUCAUCUUCAAACAUCCCACAGAUGCCAGUGGCUAACUUCGAAGUUAUCCCCUUGACAUGACGGCUUGGUUCCUGCUUUUCCUCAAAUUAUACUGCGACAAUUGAUAACAUCCAUUGCUGUCAAAUCUUUUCGCUGUUUACAGCGGUGGAUGGUUCAGUCCCCCUGCAUGCAUUCAAAAUUGGCAUGAAUACCAGAACAACAAGAGAUUGGCUCAGUUAGAUGGAGUCCAGUGUCUUUUUGGUGAGCCAAUAUUGGUGUUUUGUGGACUUCAAACAGCUUCCAUCCACUCAAUUGGGGGGGAUCUUUCAGGUUUUGAUUCAUCGUCUUUCACAGUAACCAGUCAUUGGCAUGUAGAGCAGAUGGGAGGGGGCAGGAAUGGACGGAUGCUAUGUAUUCAUGCCUUCAUUGUACAGAAUUCUUCGGAUCGAAUAUAAGAAGGAGACAGAUUGUAGGAGGUUCCCUUUUUUUCCGCAGUGGGUCGGGAUCCGCUACCCUUUUAAGCGUCGACACUUUUAAGGCCUGGAUUCCUCAGCUUUUAAACAGAAGCUUUUGUGCUGCAGAUUGGAAUAUGAGUUAUUCAUAUUAAUCAGAAACUAACCACAGCAGCGUGUGAGUGAUAUUGAUCAUUGUACCAACACUGAUGAUUCAAGACGUUAUUGUGAUUAUUUAUUUUGUUCUUUUUUCUAUGUAAAGCUGUAAACAUGAUGCUCUUCGGAUGAAACCCCUGAGCUGCUCUUGAACCUCUAAAGGGAUAAUCUGUCACGCUUUGAUAAUUUUAACACAUUUUUGUUUGAGCUUAACUGCAAUCAGUCUCAGUUUUUUUUCUGUUUUAUUAAUUUGUUAACUAUGUAAUACUAUGUUUGUAUUAUCUUAGGCUAGUACCAAAAAUGUUUUACAUGGUUUUUUG